GUCGCUGGGACCACGCCGCGCCGCGCUGUGCAGCCGCAGUGUGCAGACGAUCCAAGACCAAGACCAGUUCCGCGUUCUGUCCGGCCUUGGGACCAUGGACUCAGCCGAGGAGCUGCCGAAAUCCGCGACUAUUUCUCUCAGAAAACGUCAUAUUGGGCAAUCCUGCAAAUUGUUUUUCCGAAGUGAUCCAAUAAAGAUAGUCAGAGCUGAGGCACAGUAUAUGUAUGAUGAGAAAGGCAACCAAUACCUCGACUGUAUUAACAAUGUUGCUCAUGUCGGUCACUGCCAUCCAGAGGUAGUCCAGGCUGCAGUAGAACAGAUGUCAGUUCUCAACACUAACAAUCGCUUUCUGCACGACAACCUGGUGUUAUGUGCUCAGAAGUUGGCUGCUCUGUUUCCUGAACCUCUCAACGUCUGUUUUCUAGUCAACUCCGGGUCUGAAGCCAAUGAUCUCGCCAUGCGACUGGCCCGAGCCCACACCAAGCACCAUGAUGUAGUCACUCUAGACCAUGCUUAUCAUGGCCAUCUUUCAUCUCUAAUAGACAUUUCACCAUACAAGUGCAAGGGUAACCAGCUACCAGAGUGGGUACAUGUGGUCCCUUGUCCAGACGUGUACCGAGGUAAAUACAGAGAGAGUGACCAUCCCGGAGAGUGUAUGGGCAAGAAAUACGCUGAUGACGUUAGGCAAGUUAUCAAGACAGCGCGUGACAAUGGCAGAACCAUCAGCGCCUUCUACGCCGAGAGCUUGCAGAGCUGCGGAGGCCAGAUCAUACCUCCCCCAAACUAUCUCCGCAAUGUGAUCAGGCAUGUCCACGAAGCGGGAGGAGUGUUCAUAGCAGACGAGGUUCAGGUUGGCUUUGGUCGGGUUGGCAAACACUGGUGGGGCUUCCAACUACAGGGCGAGGACGUCAUCCCAGACAUCGUCACUGUUGGCAAGCCUAUGGGGAACGGACACCCAGUGGCAGCAGUCAUCACAACUAAGGAGAUCUCAAGCAGUUUCAGAAACACUGGUAUCGAAUACUUCAACACCUAUGGAGGCAACCCAGUAUCCUGUGCAGUGGCAAAAACUGUGAUUGAGGUGAUUGAGAGGGAGAACCUGCGAGAACAAGCUACCAAGGUGGGAAACCACCUGCUGAACUCUCUAAAGCAGCUCAUAUCCAAACACAACAUCAUAGGAGAUGUGCGAGGUGUGGGGCUGUUUGUAGGGGUGGAGCUGGUUACUGAUAGGACCACCAAGACCCCCGCCACAGCUGAGGCUCAACAUAUCAUCUCCAGGAUGAAAGAGGAGAGAAUUUUACUGAGUUCUGAUGGACCAGACCGUAACGUGUUGAAGCUGAAGCCUCCAAUGGUGUUCACCAUGGCCAAUGCUGAUUAUUUCAUUGCGACCUUAGAUAGGAUCCUGGAUGAAAUUAAAGAAAGUGAGCUUAUGAUUGAUAACAAAUCUCCAGACUUAAUAACUGCAGACUUGGAAGUGGAGGAGAAGAAAAUGAAGUAUGUCUGUGGAGACAUAGAGGCUCACAAGAAGAACAUCAAGACGUGAUAGAGAACAUAGACUGAACUUGUUGCAAAUGAAAACUGCAAUUGAAUCUUGCACAUGAAAACUGCAAUUUGCACACUUUAACAGAUGAUUUUAACAAUUUAAUGUUUUGUAUAUAAGAAAAAUAUGCCAAAGUUAUUAUUAUUGUAAUGAUACCUUAACAUCAAAAUAAUAUUACAAGCAAAUCCCUUUUCACACUGUAAUAAUAUAAGAUAUUAAUUAAAAAGUAUAUCAAUAUCAACUUAUUAAUAAAACUCCAAGUUCUAUUUCGUGAUUCACAAAUAAAGAAAAAUUGACCUAUCCAAAAAAAAAAAAAAUACUCAGGUGUCUAGUUUGAAAAGUAUUUAAGCCAAUUUUUUACAUAAUUAAUUAGUAAUGUAUAACAAGAUAAUUUUAUUAUUACCUACUAAUUGUUAUAUAGAAUUUUACCCAUUGUUUUCUGGUUACCAAUAGAAUAUUAAAUGCUGAGUAU